UGGAGGCAGCGAGUGAGAGCCGCCGGGCACUAGGCGCGCAGGUCGGCGCCGGAGCGGCACGGGCGGGCGGGGGCGGGGUGGGCGCGGACGCCCCUCAGCACACACUCCGCACCCGGCCCUGCAGGAAGCUCGCGCUGAUUGACAGCUGCGUUGUCCCAAAAAGGCUUAGCAAAGAUGUUGAUCUGCGGGUGGGUCUAAACGUGCGGCAGACGCGCCGGCUACCCGCUCUCCUCCGCGCGCCACCCGAGCCCCGCCGCCUCCCCGGCUGCCGGGAGCGGGGCCGAGGCCCCGCCGUCGCGCCAGCCCAGCGGCCCCGGCCGGCCGGGCACUCGCAGCCGCGCUCGGGCCGGCGGACGCUCGCCCCGGCUCACCAUGCACUGCCACGCCGAGCUGAGGCUGAGCUCGCCCGGCCAGCUCAAAGCAGCCAGGCGGCGCUACAAGACUUUCAUGAUCGACGAGAUCCUCUCCAAGGAGACCUGCGACUACUUUGAGAAACUUUCCCUCUACUCCGUGUGCCCGUCGCUGGUCGUGCGACCCAAGCCCCUGCAUUCCUGUACGGGCUCCCCUUCCCUGCGGGCAUAUCCACUCCUCUCGGUGAUCACCCGCCAGCCCACCGUCAUCUCCCAGCUGGUCCCUGCCACCCCGGGAAUCGCCCAGGCACUGUCCUGCCACCCAGUCACUGAGGCGGUCUCUGCUGAGGCCCCAGGGGGUGAGGCCCUAGCCAGCAGCGAGUCAGAGACGGAACAGCCCACGCCCCGACAGAAGAAGCCCCGCCGGAGUCGCACCAUCUUUACCGAGCUGCAGCUCAUGGGCCUGGAGAAGAAAUUCCAGAAGCAGAAGUACUUGUCUACCCCGGACAGGUUGGACUUGGCCCAGUCUCUGGGACUCACUCAGCUGCAGGUGAAGACCUGGUAUCAGAAUCGCAGGAUGAAAUGGAAGAAAAUGGUUCUUAAAGGUGGACAGGAAGCACCCACAAAACCCAAAGGUCGCCCCAAGAAGAACUCCAUCCCCACGUCAGAAGAGAUUGAAGCGGAAGAGAAGAUGAACAGCCAGGCCCAGGGUCAGGAGCGACUGGAGCCCUCCCAGGGGCAGGAGGAGCUCUGUGAAGCACAGGAACCGAAAGCACAUGAUGUCCCCUUAGAGAUGGCAGAGCCACCAGACCCGCCCCAGGAGUUGCCAAUACCCUCUUUGGAACCCCCACCUUUAAGCUAAAGUAAAACCCUUUUGAGGGAAGAGGGAGACUGGGGAGAAGGGAAAAGAGGGAAGGCAGGGAGAACAGGGAGAGAAAACUUUCCAGCAGCCCAGUAAACUGGGGGAGAAGAGAUCUAGCCAUCUCCCUCCCUCCCACAGUUCCCAGUGGCCUUGUCAUUGCAAGCAUUUGACAAAGACUUGCUUGUCUUGAGCCUUUCUCUUCCUGAAAGGCUGCUUUAGCCGUGGAUGCCCUUGAUUAAGGGAGAGAGCACCUAGGAGUUGCCUGCCCCAGCUGGGGUGACAGCCGUGGGGCUGGGGCUGGGUCUGUGUUGCAAGCCCUCUCCCAGCAUGCAGUGGAGAGUGCUUAGCUCUCUCCCUCCCGAUCUCUGGGCAGCCAGUCAUCAAAGCAGAGAGACGUGGCGGCAUGUGGGCAGCGUGCCCAGGUUCCUUGCUGACUCAGCACUUACUUAUGUAGUUUUUAAGAAGAAUUUAAUGUUUUUGGUUGUAUUUUUUUGUGGGGGUGAGGGUGGGCAAAAACAUGGGGGGAGUUCUGAGUUGUUAGAAAUGUUUCUGAAUCAAGUUUGUUUGAAGACACGUGUGCCUUUGUACCCAUUAUAAGAUGGUCAUGAGACCCAAGAACUGAUAAGCUUUGGUUUUUUUUUUGCUUUAUUUACCCAUUUAUGCCUAGUGUUCCAUUAUUGGAACGCUAAGCUUGUGGGAGUUAUUUCUAUCCUACUGCUCAAGGUCAUCGUCAAGGUCUGAUUUUUCAUAAAAAACAUUUGUGACCUUCAGCAUAAAUGGUUUGAGGUGCCAUCCCUGAAGGUGCAAUGCAGAUAUGUUCAGAUAACUUUUAUUUUUUAAUUAAAAAUAAAUCUUUCAAAAGGA